UUUUCCUAACUGCUGUUGUGCACAGUAUGGUGGCCUAUGCAACUGCACCCGGUGAUGUGGAGAUGGGUCCUGAGGAGAGGACGGUGGUGUUGGUGGAAAAGAAGUCCCCCUUGGGGUGGAUACUGAAGGUGUCCGUGGCCCUUCUUGUUGCGGCCCUUUAUUUCGUAGGCGUCUUGCUGUUUGCUUGGAACUGGAGGCCAGACAUGAUGACAAAUUCAGGCCAAACUGAAGCACUAAUCAAGACAGACUCUGCUGAGAAAACAGAUCCCCACUACACGUUGAGUCGAAUCGGCAGCAAAGCCAAGGCAGCAAUCCACUUAGAGGGUAUCUACAAAGACGGCAAAGAUCACCAGCUGGAGUGGAGGAGCGGUCAAGGCCAGGCGUUCACUCAGGGCGGCUUCCAACUGCUGAGAAACCAGAUCGUUAUCCCGCAAACCGGCCUCUACUUCGUGUACAGCCAGGCGUCGUUCAGAGUCUCCAGCGAUGGCGACGAGGAUGGAGCGGGAAAACGCCUCACACCUCUCAGCCACAGGAUCUGGCGCUACUCAGACUCUGUAGGUAACAGAGCCUCCCUGAUGAGCGCGGUGAGGUCGGCUUUCCAAAACACGGCUCAGGAGGACGACUACAGAGAGGGACAGGGCUGGUACAACGCCAUUUAUCUGGGCGCGGUGUUUCAGCUGAACAGAGGAGACCGACUGUGGACGGAAACCAACCAGCUAUCGGAGCUGGAGACCGACGAGGGCAGGACUUUCUUUGGCGUGUUUGCACUUUGAAAUGAUGCGAAACAAAGAAAGACGAUACGAAGCUCUGCACAUGCCAUAAGUUUUGGCUUUUUCAAAAUGUGUAAUUUUUUUUUUUUAAUUCAUCUUCAUGUUGAAGUGUUUAAAUC